AGCUGCUGCCAGCAAGACACUCACACUGACACUGCCGCCACGCAAGAGGUAGUCACAGAGAAGCCGCGGGAAGGGAAGGACGUACACAUCUCUUCCUCCGCACCGCCAAAGACAAGCCGUGGACACACAGACAUGAACCGGUUAGGGGUGGUUCUCCUGCUCGCCCUGGUGGGCGUGGCUGUCGCUGGGGACAUGAUGCGUAAGGCCAUCGUGUUCGACAAGGCGACGCCGGAAGUGUUCUACUGUCCCAUCGACAAGCCCACGUCCUUCGAGAAGAUGUACGUCCGCUCCAGGCCGCUCGACAAGCUUUGCGAGUUCGACGGCAAGGGGCUUCCCUCAGACUACAAGAGCGAUUGCUACAACGACGUGGACGAGAGCGAGUACGCGUGCAAGGAGAAGAAGAGGAUCAUGAUACGCCGGGAGACCGAAGAGAUGGAGAGAGAGCUCCUCCAGACGACCACACCCGCUGCUAACAACAGGGUGUAGGGCUCACUAACACCCGGACCCCGCCCACCCACCACCGGACACAGAUCCGCCUCCACCCCCCCGGCAGUGAGAAGCUCGAGAUGAUCCGUCGCCGCCGCCUUCUGCUCCACCAAUUUGUAACAGUGCCAAAAGAAAACAAGACGCUGAGUAACCAGUAGUGUGUGUGUGUGUGUGUGUGUGUGAGUGUGACUUAUCAUAUAUCCAAAUUAAUAUAUGCGCAUUUACCUUUUAGUAAUAUUAUAUUUAACACUAUCACAUGACCAAAUCAAGGCAUUAUGCAAAGAUUGGGACGGACCACGAUAAAAAACACCAUUAUGAGCUUAUUAUGGAUACCACAGAAACACCAAACAUCGCUAUGCUGUCUGCCUGCCUGUAGACGUAUAAUUAUUAGCAGCAUAACAUCGACAAGAGCUAGAGAAAAGGCUUAGCGGGUGGAGUCCAGACCAACAGCACAAGGCAACGCAUAGUGACAUGACCAACAAGCAAGAACACAACGCCGGGGCAGGAAGGACAGACGACGGAACCUUCAGUCAGUCAGUCAGUUCGGUGGAUGGGCUUGGGAGGGGACAGACGCCAAUUCCUCGACGACUUCAGCUGUGAUUCAUUUCAUUCUCUUUAACGGGACUUUGUUUUGUUCAGGCUAACACAGUAACAACCAAAAAAAUGUUAACAGCCCAAACAAUAUAACAAGCCCAACUACCCUCCCAUCUGACCAGCGAGUGAUGCAGGUUACCCUCAGCCGCCAAUCAGCCAGCCAGCAAGUCAGUCAGUCAGUCAGUCAGCCCGCUGUUCACACUCCUCUAAUGUAUCUAUUCCUCUCCACAGAACUAAUACAAUAAUUUAUCUGUACAUAACUCAUACAGCAACUACGGCUGUCUGGGUGCCUGUGUGUGUAUGUGUGUGUGUGUGUGUGUGUGUGUGUGUGUGUGCUGUGGUUGGUGGGAGGAGGACCAACAGAACAGCAUGUCGUCAGUCGUGGUCAGAUGGUGAUGCUGCAGAGUUUGCGAGGCUCAGAGCGCCUGGGCCCACGCGACAGCCGCCUCAGCCCCACAGCCCCCAGUCCAGCCCCCUCCCACCUCCUGCCUGCUGCCCAUCGCCUCAUCCCGCCCCCGUACCCCCUCCCCCCCGGCCCCGUGGUCAAGUAAAGGGUAACAAGGACUACACAACGAAGCUUCAAGGGUCGCUGGUUACAUGCUUCCCGUUUCCACCAAUAAAAACAUACCUGUCAUAA